AUGGACAAAUACAACCCUGCAGCUGUACAGAGCGGGCCUGCGCUGGAUGACGACCCGUCAUCCUCUCUCCGCGCCGGUGACAACGCGCUGCUGACAAAGUAUAGCGAGUGUCCACCAAGAGAAAUCGCCCAGGUAAUGAUACGCAUUGCGAUGAUCAAGGAAAUGGCCAUGGCGCCCAUAAGCACAUCAAGAGUCCAAAAUUCCAAGGCGAACAUGAAAGGACAAACGCAGCAAUACCGUCCGUUGGGAAGGCAGCCCUUGGUGGAAACGAUACACCUUCUGCGAGAUCUGUCUCCGCCAAAAAUAUGA